AACGAUAGCAAUCCUCGACAGUGCUUUUCCAGCUCUCGAGGUCGAAUGAUCGGUCUUUUUAAAACCUUAGUUAUAAUAUAUCUUCUUCUCCCUAUCUAAAACUCUUUCAUAUUCAGAGUGAUCCGAAUCGUUGAUCGUUUAGUAUCUCGUACUGCCUUAUCAGGAAGUAAAAAGAUUAAAAAAAGAAGAAAAAAAUUAAGUAAACAAAAAAGAAAUAAAAAAAGGAAAAAAUAAUAAAAAUAUAAAAAUAAAAAAGUGAAAAAAGAGAAUUCGAUCGGAAAGAAAUUUGAUUGAAUUCUCAUAAUGAAGCUAAUCUUUCUUUUAUUCUGUGCCAUUGUUCUUCUUCUUGGAUAUCAUGGUGCCAAUGCUAUCCAGUGUUACGUAUGUAACAGCAAUGACGACAGCCGAUGCGCAGACGAUAUUCCACCGGAUGCGUUGAAAAAAGAUUGUGGUGAACUGAAGGAUGGGCCGAAGUUUACAAUGUGUCGAAAAAUUACUCAGGUCAUUGAGUUCAGCGUUAAUGGACUGCCAGCGAAUACCCGAGUGAUACGUAGUUGUGGUUGGAUCGAAUCGACUUAUAAAGGUCGAUGUUAUCAAAGAAGUGGUUUCGGUGGUCGACAAGAAGUUUGUUCAUGCUUGGAUGAUUAUUGUAACGGUGCGACGACAGGUGUCGAUCAACCACCGAAAACAUUUAUCUUAUCUUGUGCUCUUGGUGCCAUUCUUCUUGCAAUUGCACGCAAUUAGGCCAAGAAAUACGACGAGACCCUUCAUCGAUGCCUCAUUCUGAGUUUUAUCAGCACCACGACAUAAACGACGACGACGACGAUGAUGAGACGAUGACCAACGAUGGAACUUCGCAUGAUAAAUUUUCAAUAUCUCCAUCAGUUCGAUAAAACGAAAAUGAUGAUGAUAAUGAUAAAAAUAAAGAUCAAGUGUGGGAAAAGAAAAACAAAAAGAAAAGAAGGAAAAAAUUUUGUAGAAUAUCAUCAAAGAAAAAAAAGAAAAAGAAAGUUUCUUAGAAGAAAAAUUAAAGAAAAAAAAAAUAAAAGAAAAAAGAAAUAAUGGUAAAAACGAUAGCAUAAUUUUUAACGCGAUCGUCAACCAUUUUUCCACCAUUAUUAUAAAAUGAAAAUUCGUAAGAAAAAAAUCAGAAAAGAAAGAAA